CCGCUCCGGGAUUCCCCUCUGCCCCGCGCCGGCCCCGCCCCGCGGCUCCGGUUUCAGGCGCUGCUACAGGGACCCCCAAGAUGGAAACGCAGGGGCUGCCCGCCGCGGAGGCGGCCCGGGCCCGGCCCGGCGUGCAACAUGGCGGCCCCGCUGCGCCGCCCGCCGCCCCGCGGCGGCCGCCGCCCGACUGGGACCCCUCGCCCGCCGCCGCCGCCUCCUCCUCCUCCGCCGCGGCGUCGGGCCUCUACGUGAGCUUCCCGGUGCUGCUGGUGGAGGAGAAGCCGGAGGCCAGCCCGGCGCCCAGCCCCUGCGCGCAGCCGGCGGGGCCCACGCCCGACAACGACGGGCUCCUGCUCGUCCUCAACGUGGUGCGCGGCGCGGCCGAGGCCGGCCCGGGAAGCGGCGAAGCGGGACGAGCCCAGCCCGGCCCGCCGCCCGCAGAGCCGCCGCCGCCGCCGGAGGAGGAGGAGGCCUCUGGAGCGGUGCCUCCGCCGCCGCCGCCUCCCCCACCGCUGCCCCCCGCCGGCGGCGAUGGCGGCGGGGCGGAGGAUGGCUCGUUCUCGGGGACCAUCACCAUCAACAACCAGAGCCUGGUGGUGCGCAUCGAGAACGGCGUCCUCACGCUGGGCCCCGGCGCCGAGCAGGCCGCGGGCACCGCGCCGCCACCUCCCCCAGCAGCCGCCGCCGCCAGCCCCGCCGAGCCUCCGGGCGGGCCGCGGCCGCGCUCUCCGCCGGCCUUCCCGUGCCCGGAGCCGCGCUGCGGUGAGGCCUUUCCCCGCAAGCAGCAGCUACGGCUGCACCGCCUCUCGGCGCACGGCGGCGGCGGUGGUGGUGGCGGGGAGGAGGACCGCGGUGCGGCGGCGCGGCCCUUCUGCUGCCCGGUGCCGGGCUGCGCCUGGUCGUUCGCCACGGCCUACAAGCUACGGCGGCACCUGCACUCGCACGACAAGCUGCGGCCCUUCGCCUGCGCGGCGCCCGGCUGCUCUAAGCGCUUCACCACCGUCUACAACCUGCGGGCCCACAGCCGCGCCCACGAGCAGGAGGCGGCGCACAAGUGCGAGCUGUGCGGGCAGCGCUUCCCCAGCGCCGCCCGCCUCGCCGCGCACCGGCGCCGCAGCCACCUGGAGCCCGAGCGGCCCUACCGCUGCGACUUCCCCGGCUGUGAAAGGACAUUUAUCACAGUGAGUGCAUUAUUCUCCCACAAUCGAGCCCACUUCCGAGAGCAGGAGCAGUUCUGCUGCUCGUUCCCUGGCUGUAACAAGCAGUAUGACAAAGCCUGCCGACUGAAAAUCCACAUGAGGAGCCACACAGGUGAAAGGCCUUUUAUCUGUGACUUCGAAGGUUGUGGCUGGUCUUUCACCAGCAUGUCCAAGCUGCUGAGACAUAAAAGGAAACAUGAAGACGACAGGAGAUUUAUGUGCCCAGUAGAAGGCUGUGGGAAGUCCUUCACAAGAGCAGAACACUUGAAAGGCCACAGUAUAACUCACCUUGGUACAAAGCCAUUUGAAUGUCCAGUAGAAGGCUGUUGUGCAAAGUUCUCAGCACGAAGUAGCCUGUAUAUUCACUCCAAAAAACACCUUCAGGAUGUGGACUCCUUAAAGACUCGUUGCCCUGUACCCAGCUGUAAUAAGUUUUUCACUUCCAAACACAGUAUGAAGACACACAUGGUCAAACAGCAUAACUUCAGCCCAGACCUCCUCACUCAGCUCGAAGCAACCAGCUCCCUCACACCCAGCAGUGAGCUCACUAGUCCAGGACAAAGCGAUCUCAGCAACAUAGACCUCGUAUCCCUCUUCUCCAACGUGUCUAGUAACAAUUCUGCAACUGCAACAGACAUGGCACUGGUGAACUCUGGAAUUGUCACCAUUGAUGUUGCUUCGGUGGGCUCAACACUGGGAGGAAACCUCCCUGUCAGCACCAGUUCUUUGAGCCAGGCAGUCGACCCCUUGAUACUGGUGACGAGCAGCGAUAUGCCACAGAGCCUGGACAGUUCUCUCUUGCUGGGAACCAGUGCAACAGUUCUGCAGCAAAGCACUUUAAAUUUGGAUGAUGUACAGACUGUCAAUGCAGAAGCCUUGGGUUCCCUAGCAUCCCUAUCGGUGAGGAAUUCCAGCCAAGAUGUGCACGGUUUGACAUCCAGCAAUAAUCUAACCAUCGACACAGCUGCUUUGACUCCUUCUAGUAGCCUCGGCAGUACCAAUGUGCCUGAGUUACUAACACCAACUAAAGCUGAACGCAAUCUGCUUCCGAGCUCGGAUGUUGUUGGUCAACAAGAGGGCAGCAAAGUAGUGACACAGUUUGUCUUCUCCAACCCUCCAGGGAGCUACAGCGCGCAGAAAGAAAUGGACCUUGGCACCGUAACUGGCAGCUCAUUUUUGGAAAGCAGUGGAUCUGCAAGAACAGACUACAGAGCCAUUCAGCUAGCCAAGAAAAGGAAACAAAAAGGGAAUGGGAGCAGCACAGCAGCAUCUGGCUCUGGUCAGAGGAAAAGCAAGGGUGGUAAAGUGAGCCCUACCAACUUCUCAUCAUCCACUCCUGGCAGUCGACUGGGUGGCAACAUAGUUCUGCCAAAUGGAGGGCUGACAAUAAGGGACCCUGCCACUGGAGCCCAGUAUGUGCAAAUUCAGCUUCUUCAGGAUGAUUCCCCAGGAGAGGGGGAUUUGCCCUUUCAACUGAGUUCUCAGUCUUCCUCGUCUCAUUCUCAGCUUACAGUGGAUUUACCUGUUCACAUACUUCAGGAGCCACACAAUUCCACUGAAGAUGAUGCAGGUUCUGAUAACUCUCAGUUCACUGGAAGCACAAUAAACUUACAGGAUCUGGAAUGACCGUUAUUAAGAAGAAUUACUUGAAAACAA